GUGACGCAGUCGCAAUUAGGUUAUGUCAAUUGUGACAUUAGCUGCCUGGCAUAUCUGCUAAGCAGACUUUAGUUAUCAUCGAAUUCCUAAAUCCAACAAAAAAAUUUCUUGAAUUUCUUUCAAUUACUCAAUACAACAAACAUUUCAGCUAUUCUUCCGCGCCAUUUCAAAUACCUUCGUGUUGUCCUGUGAUCGAAAAUUGCCGAUUUAGUUACGUCACUGAGCCAUUUUGAAAAUCUUUGUUUGGUAUCUAAAUAACUUGGUGUGCGCGUAAGUUUUCACAUCGAAAACUACAAUAACUUGUUUCCAAGAAGUGUUUAAGGGAAAAUUUUCAAAAUUCCUGUCCCCACGAAAAGCAGAGACCAUACCGCACCGAACGGUACUGGUGAGAUGAACAACAAACGGAAUAAACGGGGUCCUGUAAGGACCCAGCGGAAUCGUUCCGUCACAGCGGAUGGUGUCUAUAGCAACCCUCACUUUAUGUGUACGGCCACUGCACAAGUGGGAACUAUUGUAAGAGUGAAGACAAGAGGAGAAGACGUUUGGGAAGGUAUCUUCAAGACCUUCUCCAGCAGUUUCGACGUGGUGUUGGAAGUGGCCACUCUGAUAGGCAAAAACGACAAUCCGAAUGCCACGGCCCAGAUUGGAACGUUGGUGGAAAAGUUGAUUUUUCCGGUGAACGACAUAGUGAGCCUGUCUGCGAAAGACGUGGAUUUAGGCUACGCGACCAGGGACACCUUUCAGACCGACUCUGCCAUAUCGGCCAGGUUGAACGGUGCCAGCAGGGAGGAGAGGGAGCUCGAGCCCUGGGAGGGAGAGUUGAACGGCACCGAUACGCCCCUGGAGUUGGACAGUUCGGCGAACGGGUGGGACGCCAAUGAUAUGUUCAAGAAGAACGAGUUAGAAUACGGUGUUACGAGUACUUUCGACCAAUCCCUGAGGGGAUACACUGUGCAGCUACAGCAUUCCGACAGUCCCGAUUACAAGGAAGCCGAGGCUAAGGCCGCCCAGAUAGCCAACGAGAUCGAGAGCCAGCCUAGUCGCAAGGCGCGUCUCGAACUAGAGAACGGCGACGAGGAGUCCGUGUACGCGGCCGUGGUACGCCCCACCGAGCCAACCAACGGCAAGUACAUACCGCCCGCCAAGCGGAAGAACCAGAACAACGGCAAGAUGGCCAGGACCAGCCCGCCGCCGCAGCCGCCAGCGACCAACAACUCCCCGCAGACCGCGAACUCGUGCGCGACCGCAGCCGCCCCCAACAGCGGCAACGCCCCAGCUCAGACCACCGCCUCCAAGGGCGCUCAGACGGUCACCGUGACCUCCUACUCGCAGACGUCCCCCGUCCCCAACGUCCCUCCCCAGCAGCAGCAGCAGCCUCCCCAAUCGGUGCCGCCCCCGCAGGCGCAGCUCCCGCAACCACAGAAUCACUUGGCCGUUCCUCAUAUUCAGCAGCAGGUCCCGGCGCAGGCGCAGGUACCGGUUCAGAACCAAGGCCAUCAGCCCAGGCAGGGUCACGGCUACAGGCAGGGGGGGCAGAAGGGCCAGCACAUGAACGGCGAUUCGAACAAGGUCCUCAGGGGUCCCAGGAACGUUUAUCAGUCAGGGCCCCCGCCAAACUUGCCCCCGCAGAUGCAGCAGCCGCCUCCGCCGCUCCACGCGGUCCCGGGUUAUCAGGGGGGCGAUAUGCAGCAGAAGAUGGUCGAGAUGAACCAUAACGGUCACAAUAACAGGCAUCACAGGGAGGAGGUCAAGGAGCUGCAGCAGUUCUCGCAGGAUUUCCAGCUCGGACCGAAGGAGGUGCCUCCGCAGGGUCCCCCACCUCCUCAACCGGUUCCCGAGCCACAGCAGGUUAUGCCGCCGUGUGCGCAGCAGCAGCAGCAGCCGCCUAACCUGAAGCCCCAGCAGGAGGUCCCUUCUCCGCAGCCGUCCACGUCGCCACAGGCAGACGGCGCCGUAGACAAGGUCACGACGGCACUGAAGAAAUCUACGCUAAACCCUAACGCCAAGGAAUUCGUCUUGAACCCGGCCGCCAAACCUUUCAUGCCGAGGUCUGUAGACAGUUACAAUAAUUUUAAUUCUAGGUCUCCUAGUACGCCCUCGCUGAGUAGGCCUCACACGCCGCAGACGCCUAGCCAUCCUCAGUUUAUUUCCACCACGAUGAACGGGCCGAUGGGUCAGCCGCCCACGUCCAUGAUCGUGCCCAUGGGUUAUAUGAUGCCCAGUCAGGCUCAGUACCCCGUUCAGCAGCCUCAGGGUAAUAGGAUGAGGAAGUUACCUGCGGGCCAGAUAAGAGGCGGCGAAUGCUUGUCGCAGAUGUCCCAGAUGCAGGUCGCUGCCGCAACUGGCCAGCCUCUCCUGGCCCCGGCGCCGCUCGGCCAGUUCGUCUACCAGUCGGCGGGCAUCAACCCCGCCACCUACCACCAGAUGCACGGCGUCAGGAUGUACGACGCGCCGCCGCAGCUGCAGUACCUGCCGCCGCAGCAGUCCCAGGGCGGCGGCCAGCCGCAGUACGCGCAGGGCCAGCCGCCGCAGGCCCCGCCCCAGCAGUACCAGGCGGCCCCGCCCCCCCAAGGAGGCGUCCAGACGCAUCAGUAUCUGCCAAUGUGCAACAUAAUCCCGCAGCCGCACAUGCUGCAAGGGAUGCAGUAUCUGCCGCAGGUGCCGCCACCCCAGCAUCCCAUCCCCCUAAUCCUGCACAACCAGCAGCACCAGGUGCACCAGGGCCCGGCAUAGCGUUGAACGCGGGGUGGGAGUGACGUGCGCGCUAGUUUCAAUUAAAAUAAAAAAAAAAAAUUAUUGAAUUUCACUUCAUCUCGUCCCUAAGACCGACGACGGUCAAAUAAAAAACGGUGUUCUGAUGGUUUUCUGGGUCCCUCCUUGACGCGAGGAUUGUCUGUAUAGUUCCUAAUUGUUGAAAACCUAGGGUUUGGUGUGUUUUUCUUACAGUCGAGAGGUGGACGAUGGAGGGCAUCUGACGGAUUAGAACAAGACAAUGGCAAUGGUCCCACUGAACUGACGAUGGUCUCUCGCAUUGGCAACGCCGGAGACCUCCAGAACCCUUCGAUUUUUGCCAAUGGGUGAGGACGAGUUUUUCCUUCAGCAAUAAAGAGGUAACGAACAUUUUAUCGUUUGGUUCAUUCGUUUUACACAUCCCGUAUGGAAUUGUUAUGGAAUGUAGUUUUGGGAUUUUAGUCCCCUCCCGUUAUAACUUAAUUUUCAUUCUUGACAGUUAUUCAAAAUUCGGAUGUGAGUGUGAUCCUUGAUAAUCUUUGCCAUAUUAAUAUUGAGAAGGUUAAAAUUAGUUCAUCGUAGGAUCAAGCCUCUGGAAUGAGAGAAACCCGAACGAACCGACUGUACAAUUAUUGAUUUUAAAUUAUUGAAACAUCACACUGGAAAAAUUUGUUGGGUUCGUUGGGUUUCUCGAUUUCUUGUCGCUUGGGCCACCGGGUUUUAGGUUAGAACAUGCCGAUGACAUGAAGUGCUGCGUACCGUCAAAGAUAUUCGAAAAAAACUGCUCUGAUUUUAUUCCAAUUAUGGAAAUGGCGUUAUUAUAUUUUUUAAAAGCAUAAAUGAUUCGUUUGGUUUUCUGAAUUUGACAAGAAAACUUUUUGACUUGUACGAAGUGACCACUCACUUUGACCGUUUGAGUUUUGUCUAAGAUUGACUUGUUGGGAGAGAAGAUCAUCAGGCGAUGUGAAUUAAAACGAUUUUUUACAAUUUAAACAGGAUGUUAUCGAAGGAUCAACCUUAACAAACAAUUUCACGUAGAUUUUAAAAGGGAAAAACACACCAAUUUUAUUAGCUGAUGAUAUUUUGGAAUCUUUGGAACACCGCCCUUGUUAGUUACUCGAAAUUGUUAAUUUAUCUAUUUUAGAUUUAAUUAUUUGUUUUUAUAAUUUGUUAAGGUUCCCCUUAAUACGAGAACUUCACACACAAAAAAAAAAUAGUUAGGAUUUAUUCAAUUCAUUGUAUAUAAGUAUUCUGUUCGUUUUUCAAGUAUAUCGAUAUGAACCAACUGUUUUUAUCCGGUUGGUUCACAUCGUAACCAAGAAUGAUCGGAGUAUUAUGUGUAUUCUUCUUGGAAUGAAGCAGCUCUCUAUUCCUGCUUUAUUUUCAACUAUUGUAUUAAUACAAUGAAAAUUUUUUCUUUUUCAAAUCGAUUUUGUUGGAAUUAUUUUUUCUACCGCGAAACCAUUUUGUCCACUUGAGUUUCACUUUAGUGAAAGGACAUUUCAGUAAAGAAAUCAUACAUUCCCAUUCCAUUUUUAAUUAUUCUUCCCCUUGUUCAGACAUCCCCUCAGGAUGGGCUCGACGAAGGGAAACUUAUUCGAUUAUAAGUAAUAAAGUAUCGGAAAUUGAGAAAAAGACUCAGGUGAUGAUUUGUCAUCGCUAAGCAAGAAUGAAAACUGUUUGUUCGGAAAAUUGUUGGAGUUGUUGAACUGGUGUAGUCCAAUCGCUAGUCACAUAAGGGAAUAAACAUUGCCUUUCUAUGAAUUAAUUAUAAGUUUAAAAAACGGACACACUGUACGAGUGAUUGAUAUUUUCCUAUCAGACCUUUCAUUCUUACUUAUCGAAAUUUUUACACCUGUCAUAUCUCAAAUUUUUUUGUAUUCAGUUGUUUCAUUUGUCAUACCGAUGUGAUUUUUGUGAAUCUUUUUUUUUAUAACGAUCCCUGACCAAUACGAUUUAUUUAUUAAAAAAACCCACGACUAUCUUAUGAAUCGUGAUUGGACAGAACAUUCUACUAAGGUGCCUUAUCAACGUAAUAUUUGUUCAAAGUAUGAUUCUAGUUUCAAAAAUCUGUAUUGUCCAAUAUUUGGCACCUUUUUUUUAAUUUUUUUCUCUUCUCUGUUCCGCUGAGUUUGUCUCGGUUAUAUAUGAUCCUGAAUUGUAUAACGAAACCUGAUAUUCCGAUCGCAGAUGUUGAAGAUUGUGUAAUCUGGCUUGGAAUAUAAGCGUUUUUUAUAAAACAAUCCUUUAUGCCAUGUUGGCAUUGUCAUAUAUUAGAAAUUUUCAUUGCACCAAAUGUUUUUUUUUUCGCAAAUAAAUUAUUGGUUUAUUUGUA